AUGGCACACAUUGAAACGGCCAUGCUUGAACCUGUAGCAGCUAAAACAAAAAAUAUAACAUCUUUUGUUAAACAAGAACGUCCAAAACGAGAGUGCCGUUCACGUAAACGUCGCUAUGAUAUUGAACAAUAUUCAACAAAACGUCAUAAAAAUGAUCAAAUCGAUACUGAAGAACAAGAUGAUAGCCCUUGUACAUUUCGUUUAGCCCUAUCGGAUACAGAUGAAGAAAAUGAUAAUGAAUCGAAAUGUUCAACAAGUGAUGAUACAGAACCAUCAUCAAUAAAACAAGUUGAUGAUAAUAGUGAUAUUGAAGAAAAUGAAGACGACACAACGAAUAUCUAUUUUUCGAAACCAUCAACUGAUCAACAUCGUCACAUUCCCGUAGUUGCCAAUGAAGCAAUUCUUCAACAACAACAAGCAUUAAGUCGAUAUUCAAAAAGAUUAAUUUCACAAUUUAAAUAUUUAUACGAUCAAGGCUUAAGAAAAACAAUUCAACCAACAACUACAUUAGAUUAUUCUGAUAAUCAGAAUAAUGAAAUUUAUCUUGAAAAAUUACGAUGGGAAUUAAGAAAUACAUUCAAUCGAAUUGAUCUUUUUAAAGAAGGUUAUUGUGUUUUAUCAAAUGAACCUUUUCCAUUCUAUUCACUUUGUUAUAUGUGUGGUUCAGUGGGUUCAGAUUUGAUCUAUUGUAAUUGUUGCUGUGAAGCCUAUCAUCCAACUUGUUUAAAUAAUUAUGAACGUCCUCAAUUCAAUUCAUCAUCGGACUCGUGGCUCUGCCCAAAUUGUAAUGUAUGUAAUAUAUGUGGCUUAUUAACUCAUCCAAAUUUUUUAUCACGCAUGACCAAUGAACAAAAUCUAUCAUCUCAAUUGAUAUCGUGUUUUGAUUGUAAACGAAACUUUCAUUUAAAAUGUAUAAAAAGAUUUAAAGACGAUCAACUCAAUGAAUUAAAUAAUCUCAACAAUAAUAAUAAUAAUAUCAAUAACAAUUCUAUAGUGUCCUUAUCACGUUUAUCAAAUAGUUAUUUAAUAAAUCAAACGUGGUUUUGCCCAUCAUGUAUUAAAUGUGAUUGUGGACAACCAUUAGUAUCCAACGAUCGUAAUAUACUUUCGUUAGCAAAAACAUUUUCAUCUCAACAAUCACUGAUGUGUUUUGAUUGUGUAAAUAGUAUUAAAUUAAUUCGUAUGCAAAAAAAUGAUAACAUUGAAAAAUGUCAUCUAUGCGAGAAAUAUAUUGAACAAAUGUUUCCUAAACAACAACAAAAACAAAUCAAUUAUUUCUUACAAUGUAUUAAAUGUAGAAAUCGUUUUCAUCCAAAAUGUGAUGGUUACUUAAAUGAAGAUGCAGAUAUCAUACCACAUAUUAGACAUUUAUGUUUAAAUAUUAUAUGUUCAAAAUGUGAUUCAGAUGAAAAAGAAAAACUUAAAAAAUCUUUACUGGAUUAUAAACUUCAAUGCCUCAAAACAAUCCUCUCGAGUAUUUUAUCAACAUUACAAUUAAUUGUGUAUGAUGAAAAUCGACUAAACAAAAUUCAAUCUUAUACAUCAAAUCUUCAAAAAUUACAUGAAUCUCGUGAACAAAGUUUAAAUCUUAAUAUAUUUCUUAAUGAUUUACUUACACUAAUUCGACGUCUUCUCACUAGUAACGAUAUUUACCGUUGGCAAUCAGCUAUCGAUGGUUGUAUUAUACGGCAAUGUCCCUGGUUUAAAUCUUCACUAUUAUUAUCAUCAAAUAAUAAAACAUCGAAUUCUUCAUCUUCAUUAAGCAAUCAUCAUCAUCAUUUUCAACCACCACCAUCAAUGGAUCAUACCUAUGCUUUCAAUAAUGAACAUAGUUUAAAUGAAAAAUCAAUAAAUUCAUUAUUAAAUUAUCUUGAUCAAAAUCAAACAAAUGAAAUCGAUCAAUUUAAUAAUUUCCAUAAAGUCGAUAGAAGAAAAUGUCAAAUAUGUGAAACAUUAUCCGAUCAUAUAGUGCCGAAUAUUGGUCGUCUUGUAUCAUUCGGUAUUAAUCAAUGGGUACAUGUUGGUUGUAUACUUCCAGCGUAUGCUAAAAAUCUCGAUCAACCUCCAUUUAUAUUACGAAAUAUACGUGAAACAGUAGUUCGAUGUCAAACAAAAUAUGUAUGUGCAAUAUGUUCAAAAUUGGGUGCUAGCGUACAUUGCCAUGAAAAUGAAUGUUAUCAACGUUUUCAUUGUGCUUGUAUACAAAAACAUUAUUCAACAGUCGAUAAAAAUAUUCAAGAACAAUUAAAUAUUAAAAAUGGAUAUUUACCUAAUUUAACAACAUUAUGUUUAAAACACAAUGGAUCAAAAACAGCAAAUAAUGCAAAACGUGACAGUACUGAUGGAGUUAAUCCCGAAGAACCCAAAGAUACUUCGAAUAAUAAUGCUACAAAUCUUCCAAAAAUAAAAACGGUGAAUACUUCGUCAACUGUUUAUGGUGAUCUAUCAAAUAAUUUAGUUGAAUUCGCUUUAAUCAAUGUUCGUCUAUGCAUUGGUUCACUACAAAUCGAAUCGUUGGGUAAUUUCGAUUAUCAAAUCGACAAAGCUGAUGAGAAUUUUUUCUCUAAUAAAAAUUAUCCAAAUAAUUAUCGUGCAUCACGUUUAUUUUGGAGUAUAAAAAAUCCUCAUAAAAAAACUGUCUAUCAUUUACAUAUUAAUAUUGAACAAACUUAUCAUAAUGAUGAAGCAAAUCAUAAAGUUAUCGAACAUCCGAUGGCCGAUAAACAGAUUCACGUGGAAGAAUUAUAUGAUAUAUGUCGGAAGUACUUUGACAAGUUUCAAAAAAAAAUUGAUCAACAUUCAGUUUAUAUUGAAGAAUUUUGUCAACGAAAUUCAAUUAAUAAAAAACCAAUACCAAGUCAAACAGCAAAUAGAAAAAGAGCAGCUAAUGGUACUGGUCUUACAAAACGAUUAACAAAAGCAAAUCCAUCCUGUGUAAAACGACAAACACCAAAAGCUGCCUUGAAGAAUGUUUCUCGGCCACGCAAUAGAUUUGCAAAUGAAAAACAAUCGCAAAUGUCCUUAACAAUAAAACAAAAUCCUGCAAAAGAUAAUUCAACAUUGACUGUCAAUAAUAAAAUAAAUGAAAUACAAAAUUUACUUCCGGAUGAUUUCUUAAAGUCAACUAAUGUAUCACAAUUUGCCUUAGCACUUGUACAAGCACUUCGACAUGUUGGACAAUCAACUAAAAUACAACAACAGGAACCAAGUAUGAAUUUUAAUUUAUUAAAUCCAAUGAGUCAUACAACGAAUGGAAUAAUAAUGGACAAAAAUAAUGAUAUUCUUUUAAAGCAGCUACUAAAAAAUAUGACAGUAUCACAGCAAUUGAAUGAUUCUCAAGUAUCGACAUUAAAUUCAUUGCAAUUAUCUUCACAUACAUCUCAAUGGCAUUCGGCUACAUCUACGCAAACUGAAGUACUGUCAAAAUCACACGCUGAUUCUCAACAUUCCUAUGCACUAGUAAAUGGUUCAAUACCUUUAGUAGAUACAACUGACAAUACUUCUAAUUUAUUUCCCAAAUCAACAUGUAUACCACAAGUAGAUGGUUCAAUCGAUGAUGAUGAUGAUGACGACUGUAUUCGCGUAUCUUCUAUUGUGAUAAAUUUUUUAAUUGACGAAAUCGAUAAAUCAGAUUCAAAACAUUUUCGUACCAAUAGUGAAUAUUCAAUAGAUUUAUCUGAUUAUGUAAAUGCAGAAAAACUAGUAAAUCUUACUCCAAUAUCACCUACAAAUCGUCAUCAAAUACAAGAUUCUGAAAAGAAAAAAUCUCUAUCGUCUGAUGAUCUUAUUCAAUUAUAUAAACAAUGGUCAAAAUCGAAUUUUUCUCGUGUUCAAUUUACUAUCACAAAUGACGAAGGUUAUGAAAUUAAAUCCGAUGAUUUAGAUUCAGCAUGGUCGACCAUUAUUAAUUCAAUACGUAAUUCUCGUGAUGAUAUGAAUUUACCACAUUUAUCAAUGGUCCAUGAUGAAUUAAAUGGACAUAAAAUGUUCGGUUUAACAAAAUCAAUUAUUCAAAUAAUGCUCAACCAAAUGUAUACAAAUCAACAGCAACAAACUGGAACAACAAUUUUAUUACCAUUAUCAUCAUCAUCAUCAUCAUCAUCAUCAUUAUCAUUGAAUACCAUCAAUAAUAAUAAUAAUAAUAAUUCAACAUGUUCAAUAGAAAAUUUUACUAAGAAAAAAAUGUUAUCAUCAAGUUCAAGAUCAAAUACAUUUGAUAGAAGAACUCGUGAACGUCAACGAUUUGGUUGGUUAUUAAAUCAUAGCAGAAAAAUUGAAUAUGCACUCAAGUCUUUCGAAAUCGAUAAUGCACUCGCUUAUGCAAGACGAAUUCUUCUUGAAGAGGCAUCGGUUUGCUUACGUCUAUAUCAUUUACAUUAUUUUUCUGAACGUGUUUUACUUGUUGGCUCGUCUCCAAUACAUGGCUGUGGCUUAUUUACUUUAGUAGAUUUAAUUGAAGGACAAAUGAUUGUUGAAUAUACAGGCGAAGUGGUUCGACCAUGCCUUACAGAUAAACGUGAACGUGAGAAUGAAGGAAAAGGUUUUGGCUGUUAUAUGUUUACUGUUGAUUCAAUGAAUGUUAUCGAUGCUACGCAUCGCGGAAAUAAAGCUCGAUUUAUUAAUCAUAAUUGUGAACCAAAUUGUUUUGCUAAAACUGUUUUAUCGGGCGGUAUUAAGCAUAUUGUUAUUUAUGCACUGACGGAUAUUUCUCGUGGAUCAGAAUUAACGUAUGAUUAUUCAUUUCCCGAAGAAGAUGUUAAAAUUCCUUGUCAUUGUGGGACAACUAAAUGCCGAGUUUAUUUAAACUGA